AUGGAACCGCAUGCUGCGUCAGAAAAUCCACCGGCAAGACGCCAACGCAAGAAGGUUUCUGCAGCCUGUCAAAGAUGUCGGCGGCAGAAGCUCAAGUGUGAUGUUCAACGGCCUUGCACCCUUUGUGUCAGAGCUGAAGUGGAAUGUGUCAAUGAGGAUACCGAUCGGUGGAGAAUCCAGGGCCCUCAACUCACCCGGAACCGGCCCCGCAGACCGGACGGAGACAAGGAUGACACCGCAAGUCUCCCGCGGACAAAACGCAGUCGGCGAACAGUCACCAGGGAAAAUGAUACGGCGGAGCCUGCAUCACCCGCAUCACCUGAAGCGGUCAUUAUUGCUGCAUCGCGGACGGCUUCUUCACCUUUGGAAGAUGAUGGUCCUUACAUCGGAGCAGAUUCCCCUGUCCCGCAGGUAACACCGGUGGAGAGGAGUAGGCGAUCAUGGCCAUCGAACUCUGCAGCAAUGACUUUCAUGGAUGAGGCUUUCCAACGUCAAGAUGCGACAACACCGGGAGAGGCCGACACGUCUGCGUUUGCUGCGAACCAAUGGUCAGCUAGAAGCAUUGCCACAAGCUCUUCGCGAGCAGAAAACGGUGUACCACUGAGACCCAGCCCACAUACUCCUGGGCUCUGCCAAUCGAGGCUACAUCGAAGCAAGAGGUCAAGCGACGCCGAGCGUGCUCUGGUGUUGACCUUACCCAAGAAACAGGUCGCAAAGCUGCUGAUUGACAAUUACUUCGACAAGAUCCAUUGGUGUUUUCUGAUCUUCUUUCAAGACGAAUUCAAGGAGCGUUUUGAAAGCCUUUUCAACGGUAUUUCUCGCAAUGACGGGAUUAAAGGAGCAAGCAUCAGUUUCGUCAGUCUCGUUCUUGGCAUAGCUCAGGUUGGGUCCACUUCGGAAUUCAACGAGGUCGCUGGUACAUAUGCUGUAUCAUUCGUGGCUUUACAUCUGUUCACAGCCGGGGUAGCUCUAUCGAUACUAACCAGCCUCGAACCGCUGAGUCGAGAGUCUUUCGAGUCAAAGAUGGGCCUUCGGCAACUAGUUUCAAUGCACUCUCAACUGAAGGCCAAGUCUAUCGUCGCCGAGCAAGGUUUCGAAAUUCUCAAGAGACUGAUGACCCUUGUAAUGUCAAAGGAAACCGAAAGGAUGCUUCAGUUUGAGGGCCCGGCAGAUAAACACCACGGACGCAGCUCAGAUUCGACUCAGCGGACAUCUAGCUCAAUUGAAGUAGCAACCCAGAGUAAUUCUGCCACAGGCGCUGGAGAAAGCCUCCCCUCUACAGAUUUCCAGGGGACAUCUCAGGACGAUUUAAUGAGUGACUCAAGACCCGACAUUCCGGAAGACUCAGCACAAAUGGCUCGUUCAGAUCUUGGAUUCUGCGAGGACCCUCUGGUGACUCAAGCUCUUCUUGAUUUUGAACAAGCCAUGAGCUACGAUCCGAAUGGCGUACUUGGAGGUAGCCUAGCAGAAUUUGGUGAUCCAUUCGCAGAGAGUUGUUUCGGUGCACAUGAUCAAGGCUGGAUUUGGAACCCAAGAAAUUGA